CAUUCCACUCGAGCGAUCGAUUGGGUUGUUCCCUCUCUAUCUCAAGUUAGCCAGACAAUCAAUCACACCCGAAGAUAGAGAGAGAUACUACUCAUAUAGGUAGCCAUCCAUGGAGCGUAGCCUCCAAUGGAGCAGGCCGGCGUCGCUGCUCCUCUUCGCCGCGGCAUUCCUGGCUGCGGCUGCCGUGGCGAGCGCGGGGUACAACCCCGACCCCUUGAGCGUCGUCAAUCACUUCAACCGCGCCGUCCAGAGGUCGAGUAGCCCGCGUCGAACGCUGUCAGAGAAGAAGAAGAAGGGCAAGUACUCGGGGCCGUGCUUGGCGACGAACCCGAUCGACCGGUGCUGGCGCUGCCGCAAGGACUGGGCGACGGACCGGCAGCGGCUGGCCCGCUGCGCCAAGGGCUUCGGCCGCGAGACCACUGGCGGGCUCGGGGGCAAGGUCUACAUCGUCACCGACCCAAGCGACGACUACAAGAACCCGGUGCCCGGCACACUCCGGUGGGGUGUCGUCCAGAUUGAGCCGCUGUGGAUCAUCUUCGCGAGGGACAUGAUCAUCACCACCACCCAGGAGAUCGUGAUCCAGAGCAACAAGACCAUCGACGGGCGCGGGGCUCAGGUGCACAUCGCCGAUGGCGGCAGCCUCACCAUCCAGAACCAGCGCAACAUCAUCAUCCACAACCUCCACAUCCACGACAUUAAGAAGACGGAGGGCGGCGAUGUGGCGGUGUCACCGAACCACUUCACCCCGCGCACCAAGGCUGACGGCGACGGCGUCUCCCUCUUCAACGCCACCGACGUGUGGAUCGACCACCUCUCCAUGUCCCUGUGCGAGGACGGGAUGGUCGACGUCGUGGCGGCAUCCACCGCCGUCACCAUCUCCAACUGCCACCUCACAAACCACAACGACGUCAUGCUCUUCGGCGCCAACGACAACACGCCCGAGGACAAGGUCAUCCAGGUCAGCGUCGCCUUCAACCACUUCGGGAGAGGCCUCGUCCAGAGGAUGCCCCGAUGCCGCUACGGCUUCUUCCACGUCGUCAACAACGACUACACGCACUGGCUCAUGUACGCCAUUGGAGGCAGUAGCAACCCUACCAUCAUCAGCCAGGGAAACCGAUACAUCGCGCCGCCAAACAUGGCUGCAAAACAGAUCACCAAGCGCGACUACGCCGAGGAAUCCGUGUGGAAGAACUGGGUUUGGCACACAGAGGCCGACCUCAUGAUGAACAACGCCUUCUUCACUCCAUCCGGCGGCAAUAUCCAGCAGCAGCUAAACAAGAAGGACCUCAUCAAGCCCAAGCCAGGGGAAUAUGUCACGAGGCUCACCCGCUUCGCCGGCACGCUAGCCUGCAAGCCAGGCAUUGCCUGCUGAUCGUCGCAGGCGCCCAUAUUAACUACACCUGCGAGGCCGCACGCCAUAUGUCGUCGCCGGCCAGGCCCCGCCGGAUCGCCCGAGGUAAGAGAAGAAUUACCACGCGAGAAGAGCCCAUCUUGAUGGUAGACAGCAAUGGAUAUAUAUGCAUAGAAGAUUAACUUGCUACUCUCCGUUCGUGUAAUCAUUGUACGUAUGUUACUCCUCGAUUUUUUUUUCUAAAGAGAAGAUAGGAAUUGUGUACCCUACUACAUACAUAUACAUGCAUGGCCUAUACAGCAUGAACGUAUUGUAAUCACUCUUGUUUAUGAAUUGUAUACAAAAUCAAUUAUCUUCUUUCAUCA